AUGUCGAAGCGAGGACGCGGAGGCUCCGCGGGGAACAAGUUCAGGAUGUCGCUGGGUCUGCCGGUGGCGGCGACGGUGAACUGCGCCGACAACACCGGCGCGAAGAAUCUCUACAUCAUUUCGGUGAAGGGGAUCAAGGGUCGCCUCAACAGGCUUCCUUCUGCCUGCGUUGGUGACAUGGUGAUGGCCACCGUGAAGAAGGGUAAGCCCGAUCUCCGUAAGAAGGUCAUGCCCGCCGUCAUUGUCCGCCAGCGCAAGCCGUGGCGCCGAAAGGACGGGGUCUUCAUGUACUUCGAAGACAAUGCUGGGGUCAUAGUGAAUCCUAAAGGUGAAAUGAAAGGUUCUGCAAUUACUGGCCCAAUCGGAAAGGAGUGUGCUGAUCUUUGGCCUAGGAUUGCCAGUGCUGCAAAUGCCAUUGUUUAG